UUGGCAACAAUUUUCUGCUGAGAAAAUAACAGCUGUUUUGUCUCCUCGUCUUGGUGCAGUUUGUUGACUUUUUAAACGGGCAAGGAUGGGAGAUUUGCUUGAGACCAGUUAAGACCAGCAGUCUGGUUUAUUAUAUUUCCCCCCCAGCAGGACAUUUUUUUUUUAUCUUCAAAAUGAAAUGUAAAAGUUUAUUAUUAUUGCGAAAGGUGCACGUGUAUGACUUUAAGAAGUGCAAGAUAAGGUUUCUGUUUUUAGCACCAGACUCCCAAGAUUAAAAAUAGCGUGCGAGCCCUCAAACUCCCCCAACAGACGCUCGAAUCCAUUCGCGCCCCAAUACUGAACUAAAGCAAGAGAAGAAACGAUUUAUCCCAGCCGUUAUACUGACAAUCACGCUGUUGCGUCCCAACUUUCUGAGCAAACAAACACUAGAUCAUUUACAGCCAUUUUGGCAGCUCCUCAGAGGCGACACGUGUGUCAUGAAAACGCGUUGGCGCUCUCAGCACCGGUGACUCUUCAGUCUUUCACAGUACAGCACUAGGAAGAGUGCAAAAAAGACGGAUGUAACACAAUGAACCGACUAGUGAACGACACGACGUAGCGUUGCUGUUUUUUGGUUAGAGUUAGAAACGUGCUUUCUUUUUCUUAUGCCUUUUCUGAAGGAAUAAUUCUCUUAAGGAUCGGUUCUCACGCGUAAAGUAGCGUGUUUCUCAGAAGGAUUUAUUGAAGGUUACCAAUGGGGUCUCAAGGGCCAGGACGUAAAAGAACCCCCAGCAAAAAUGGGUUGACUGCUGAGGAAGAUGCCCUCAACGUAAUCGCAAAAGAGGCUGAAGCCCGUUUGGCAGCUAAGAGGGCGGCCCGUGCAGAAGCUCGUGAGAUCAGAAUGAGAGAACUGGAGAGACAACAGAAAGAGAUUUAUCAGGUGCAGAAGAAAUACUAUGGACUGGAUAACUUGGACAACAAAUGGGGGGACAUUGAGCAGUGGAUGGAGGACAGUGAGCAAUAUACACGUGUCUCACGGAGACAUGCUUCGGUGUCAGAUGAUGAAGAACGGAUGUCAGUGGGGAGCAGGAGCAACAUACGGUUGGAUUUGGAUGCGGCGGGUGCUUACGGCGUGCUUCCCCAGGCCUCCUCCUAUCACUCACAUAAGAAGUCCAAGAAAAAGAAGAAACAUUCUUCCAAAACCAGCAAUGGCUAUGACGAUGAUCUCAGCACAUUGUCUAAUCGGAGCUCCAGACUCAGUGAUGAGAGCAAAAUGUCUCGCUCCUCUAAACUUGAUCGGCAGUCGGGCUCUGUAUAUGAGGACAGUCUCUACAGUGGCUCUCGACGCUCCAGUGCUCGUGCUUCCUCUGAAUACAGUGGUUUCCUGGGCUCCAGCUCUAAGACUUCGUCCAGAGCAAAUUCUGCGUGUGGAAGUCCAGUGGCUGAUGACAGGUUAGAGCGAGACCACUUGGAAAAGGGAUCCUCACGAGCAUCAACUAUUUCUGGCGCCACUCUUACCUCUCUGGGUGGGACGUCCUCACGGAGAGGAAGUGGAGAUACAUCCAUCUCUGCUGACACAGAAGCAUCCAUAAGGGAAAUCAAGGAGAUCCAUGAGCUUAAGGAUCAGAUUCAAGAUGUGGAGGCAAAGCACAUGCAGAACCUCAAAGAGCUCAAGGAUUCCCUUUUGGAAGUGGAGGAAAAGUACCGUAAGGCCAUGGUCUCCAAUGCACAGCUGGACAAUGAGAAGACCAAUAUGAUGUAUGAAGUGGACACUUUGAAAGACUCUUUAAUGGAACUGGAGGAGAUGCUCUUUGAAACACGCCGUGAGCUUGAGGAAAAGUGUAAGGACCUUGAACGAGAGAAGCAUGCUCAUAGCAUACUGCAGUUUCAGUUCAGUGAACUGAAGGAGACGUUGAAACAGAGUGAAGAACUGCUCACUGAGAUCCGUCAAUUACGGCUCAAGCAAGACGGCUAUGUUAGGGAGAUUUCUGACCUCCAGGAAACUACUGAGUGGAAGAAUAAAAAAAUUGGGGCAUUAGAGAGGCAGAAGGAAUUUUCUGAUGCCAUUCGAAAUGAGCGGGAUGAGCUUAGAGAUGAGGUUGUUCAGCUCAAAGAUAUUUUGAAGAAACAUGGCAUUGUCCUUGGACCCGACUUAGCCACCAAUGGAGAAACAGAGGAAGAAGCCGGAAAGGCUGAUCAGAAUUCUCAAACUGCAUCAGCUGAAAUCCGAGAGGGGAGUAGUGUACUAGGCAUUCAUCAGUUGAAGGUGUGUAAAGACCAGCAACAAAAAGAUCUGGAUGAUGGGGUGCCAGGGAAUCAGCAGUUUUCACAUGCCCCGUUCAGUUCUACAAACACACCUUUAGAAGCAAAUGAGAAUGGAGACCUUGGGGACCAAAUGAAUCGGGGUGUAGAGCAGCUUGAGAAUAGACCUGAAGAACCUCCAAGUUCUGUUGGUGAUGAUGAACUCACUGCAACAAGACCCAAGGAGGAGAUCAAAUCUGAGGCGCAUAUACCAGAAGAUUCAAGAGGCAAUACAGUGGAAGUAGAGUGCAUUGUUCACAAGGAUGGACAUUUGGAGACAGAUCAACAAGAGAGUGAAUGUGUCAAACCUAGUCAGGUGAUCAAAGAAGAAACUCCUUUAGAGUCUGUCUCUGGUUCUGUCCAUGAUGAACCUGAUCAACCUGGUGAAGCAGUGCUUGAUGAUAAACUCAAAGAGGAGCCUGUAGAAUCAUCUCAAACAGAGAAGCUUGCCAAAACCCAAGGUGCCAGUGCUUCAAAUAAAAAGAAGAAAAAGAAGAAGAAAAACAAGCAGAAGCAGAAACAGAGUGACAAGCAAGAGAAUGAUAUGAAGAUAGAUGACAAGACUGAAACAGUUUGUAGUGAAGACAAUCCAAACCAAAAAACGGCAGGUGAUCUAGAAGGAAACCAUCAGGAGCCCUUAGGGAAUGAUACAUCCGAAACAACGAUGAAUACAGAUGUCCCACAUGAUGCUAAAAGAACCAGUGAAUUGGAUGGUAUCAAAACAACAAGCACAAAUAUAAAUGCCGAUGAUGUUCAAGAUAAAAUUAUGUUAGUUACAGAUGAAGCUGAUUUUGCAGGAAUUUCUAAAACAAUCUCAAAUUUUGAUUGCCCUGAAUCUAGCAAUGGCAUCCUUUCAGAUGAUCUGUCCAGCAAUGUUAUCUCUAACCCCGCAAACAUUAUUGAUGAACACAUUGAGAAAUCAACAAAUCCUGACUCUGAAGCUGUAGUCUUUAGCUGUGAGCUUGUAUCUUCAGAAACGGAGACUUCACUGCCUCAUGAACCUUCUGCUCAGUCCAUGGAUGCUGUUGAAGGGGGUGUUGAGUCCACCAGCUGCUCUGAGAACAUUGAGAAAUCUUCAUCGGUAGACAUGAAGGAAGUGAAGAGCCAUCUGAACUGUGAAGUGGAAGAACAGGAAGAAAAUGUCCAGAACAUUGAUCUAGAUGGGACCACUAACCCUGAAGAUCAAGAUGACUCUGCUCAUCCUUCUUUCUCUGUAAUGGAGAAGGUGGAAAAUGAAGCUGAAAGGGUAAUAAAGGAACAACCUAUUGAUCAGCCAAUGGAAAACCAACUUCAAGACGGUACUGGAGCAGAAUUGGACCAGGAAGAGGUUGAGAGACAAGAUGAAUUGGAUAAAGAAAACCUUAAAGCGCCUACUGAAAAAGUGUCUGAUACUCAAGACAGUAUUGGAGCAGAAUUAAACCAGGAAGAGGUUGAGAGACAAGAUGAUCUGGAUAAAGAAAACCUUAACAUGCCUCCUGAAAAAGUGUCUUAUACUCGAGACAGUGUUGGAGCAGAAUUGGACCAGGAAGAGGUUGAGAGACGAGAUGAACUGGAUAAAGAAAACCUUAACGUGCCUACUGAAAACGUGUCUGAUGGAAGCCAUGUUGAUCACACUCCUUUAAUUGAAACACAGGUUCAGGUUGUGCAUGAUGAUCACCCGUCUCCCAAUGAAGCAAUUAAGGAAUCAGUUGGAGAGUCAGAUUCUUCUGAACAAGAACCCAAGGUAGAAAAAGAUGAGGAGGAAAGAUCAAUCCAAAAUCAGCUUGAAGUACAACUGCCUGAAGAUGGAGAAGACCUUCUGGUAAAGUCAGAUGUGGCUGCUCAAGAGCUCAAGGAAGAAGACGAGGAAGAGGAAGAUGAAGGAGAAUCAUUUGAUUUUGAUGAAAUGGAUCUUGAAGCAUCAUCAGAUGCCCCUCUAAAAAACUUUCUAGAUCAGCCAAAAGAGGAAGAGACUCUUUUCAAAGAUGAUGUCCAAGAAGCAAGCCAGGAAAACCAAAGCAAUGUCACUGAUGAGGACCAAAUUCAAAAAGAACAUCUAGAACUUGCAGAUCAGGAAUCAAAGCCAAAGGAGCAGAAAGAUGAUGGACAAGACACAGAAAACCCACAAACAACAACAGUUAUAGAAGGAUGUUUAACAGAGGACAGCCAAAUCAGCAGUAAAGUCAAACCUAAUGAUCAGCAGCAUGAUACUUCUGGAAAUAAAGAAGAUGCAUUUGAGGAGCAUCAGCAGGCAUCAGAAAACGUGACGCUCAGUGAAGGAGUUAAUCUGAUCUCAGAGAUGGAGAAAAGAAAUGUAGGCCAAGAGAUCAAUAGUUCCAUUCAACACGAAAACAAGGUGUCAAGUAUUUCAGGAGAUCAGGAAGUUGAGAAGGAAACCACAGAAAGAAACAAGGAAGAUGAAAGAAAAGAAUCUAAAAAAAGUGGAAAAGGGAAAGGGAAGGGCAAGGGGAAAGAAGAAUGUAAAAUGUCUUAAUAGACAAGGACAUUGCCGAGUCUCCCGAGUUCUCAACAUCUUCAGUUGAAAAAGUAAUUUGCACUCAUGUAGGUCCUAAUGAAAUUAAUUUGGGACCAUUACUUCAGAGAACCCUAAAAUAACCAAAGUUAUCUUACAGUCAAUCCCAAUUAUCAGUCACUGCAUCUUUUUCAGCAAACAUAUUUUACACGUUUUACACCUGAUUAACAAUACAGAAAGAACACUUGAAAUUAGUUCAAACAGUAUUUAAAAUCCCAAAACCAAUUACACAUUAAAUGCUAUCAGUAAUGGGUAUAAAGUGUCAUAUUUAUUAUGAAAUUUUACAUGAGCAUGAAUAAAAUGUUUCUCAUACUAUAUGAAUAAUACAAAUGAUCAGCUUUCUGUCUGUGCUGCAGUCAUGUUUAGCAGCUUCUUAAUUACAAUGUUUUCGGUAACAAAGGACCUGUAAUGUAUUUUGUUUAAAUGGGUGUCAUGUUGUUUAAAAUUGUGGUAAAUAAAAAAUGUUAUUGUGUGCCAACCUUAUUAAACAUUCCUCUAAAAAUUUGACUGGAGCUUUGAAGUUACGUUUUGUUUUUACAAUUUAUUUGUUGGGAGAUACGAU